CACUCUGCCUUGCUCUAUCUCACUCUUCCCCCACAGUGCACAACUUAAGCAAAUGACUCUCUUUGACGAUCUCUGCUAGUCAGGCAUAAACUCCUGAGUUGAAAGUCUGUGGGACAACCUGCCUGUUUCACAAUGAGAAAGGAGAGCAGGUUAAUCCAGUGGAUCUGGAGGAUUAUCCUGGUGACUGCUUUGUUUUUCAUGGGCUUCAUCGUAGGCUGGUUUGCAAAGCCCACACAUCCACGUACUACUAACAACAGUGCUUCCACCAAGUACCUGACGGAGUUUUUGGAAGAAAUCCAGCCAGACAAGAUCAGAGAGCAUCUCAGAAAAUUUACUCGACUCCCUCACCUGGCAGGUACAGAGCAGAACCUGAAAUAUGCAGAGCAGAUCCAACGUGAGUGGAAGGAUUUUGGCUUGGACUCGGUGGAGAUGGUGCCGUACGACGUCCUGUUGUCCUACCCCAAUAAAUCACAGCCCAAUUACAUCUCCAUUGUUGACCAACUUGGCAGUGAGAUAUUUAACACAUCAUUGGCAGAGCCUGUUCCAGAGGGCUAUGAAGAUGUUUCUGACAUUGUGCCUCCGUAUAGUGCCUUCUCUGCGAAAGGACAACCUGAGGGUGAUUUGGUUUACGUGAACUAUGGCCGCACAGAAGACUUCUUCCAGCUGCAGCGGGAGAUGGACAUCAAUGUAACGGGGAAAAUUGUCAUUGUCAGAUAUGGGAGAAUAUUCAGAGGCAAUAAGGUGAAGAAUGCCAUGUUAGCUGGAGCAAAGGGGAUCAUUAUGUUCUCAGACCCAGCAGAUUACUGGGCUGCCGGAGUCCAGCCCUACCCUGAUGGCUGGAACCUGCCGGGUGGAGGAGCUCAGCGAGGAAAUGUUCUCAACCUAAAUGGAGCAGGAGACCCACUCACACCCGGGUACCCCGCUAAAGAAUACACAUACAGAUUCAGCCUCGAGGAGGGAGCAGGACUUCCCAAGAUUCCUGUGCAUCCAAUUGGCUUCCAUGACGCAAUUCACUUGCUAAAGAACAUGGGAGGGCAGAUCCCACCCAACAACUGGAAAGGAGGUCUGAAUGUGUCCUACAGGAUUGGUCCAGGAUUUACCGACGAAUUCAAGAAGCAAAAGGUGCGCAUGAACAUCCACACUAACAACCAGGUAACCAGGAUCUACAACGUCAUUGGCACGAUCAGAGGAGCUCUGGAGCCAGAUAGGUACGUGAUUCUCGGAGGGCAUCGGGAUGCUUGGGUGUUUGGAGGAAUUGAUCCUAUGUCUGGGGCUGCAGUUGUCCACGAGACUGUCAGGAGUGCUGGCAAGCUUCUAAGUAAAGGCUGGAGGCCAAGAAGGACUAUGAUAUUUGCCAGCUGGGAUGCAGAGGAAUUCGGACUGCUGGGAUCUACAGAAUGGGCAGAGGACAAUGCCAAGGUGCUGCAGGAGAGAGCUGUGGCCUACAUAAAUGCAGACUCUGCGAUAGAGGGUAUGUACACACUGAGAGUGGACUGCACUCCGUCUCUACACACUCUGGUGUAUGACCUCACCAAGCAAAUAGAGAGUCCAGAGGAAGGAGAAGAAGGUGUUUCUCUGUAUGAGAGCUGGCACAAGAGAGACAACUGGACAAAUGACCGUGAUGCACCCAGAAUCAGUAAACUCGGCUCAGGCAGUGAUUUUGAGGCCUAUUUCAUCCGUCUGGGAAUCGCUGCAGGCAGAGCCAGAUACACCAAGAACAAGAAAACGGAGCGGUACAGCAGUUAUCCGGUCUAUCACAGUGUAUAUGAAACCUUUGAGAUUGUGGAGAAAUUUUACGACCCCCACUUCCGGCGGCUUCAGGCAGUGGCUCGGGUGAGAGGAGGGCUCAUCUUCCUAUUGGCAGAUUCCCAGCUGCUUCCUCUCAGUGCCAACGAGUAUGCAGGCUCGCUAAGGAAGUACGCGCAGAGCAUUGCUCAGCUGGCGCAGAGGCACCCGGGGGAGAUGGAGACGUUUGAGGUGUCUUUUGAUUUUCUGUUUUCAGCAGUGGAGAACUUCACGGUGGCAGCCAGGGGUUUCCAUGAGCGCCUGAAGACUCUUAACACGGCAAAUCCUCUGGAAGUUCGUGUUAUGAAUGAUCAACUCAUGUAUCUGGAGAGAGCCUUCAUAGAUCCUCUGGGUUUACCUGGUAGACCCUUCUACAGACACGUGAUCUUUGCUCCCAGCAGCCAUAAUAAAUAUGCCGGGGAGUCGUUCCCUGGGAUCUAUGAUGCACUGUUUGACAUUGAGAACUCAGUUGACCCUGAAAGGGCCUGGAUGGAAGUCAAGCGUCAAAUCAGCAUUGCAGCAUUCACCGUUCACGCUGCCGCCAUGACUCUAACACCUCCUGCAUGACGAAAGCAUGCAAA